UUUUUUUUUGAAUUUUCCCUUUGAAAAUUCCCGGCCGACUUUUCUUCCCCUAAUUUAUCCCUCUCGUCUUCCUCCGGUCCCCGACCCAAGUCCUCCCUUGCCUUCCAAGUUUCCGAUCGAGGAAGGAAUUAAGUAAGGGGAAGCCAAUGGCGAGUUCUUUGAAAGAAUACCUAAAAAGAUACGAGACCAAAAACGAAGAAGAGGAGCAGAAGAAGAAAAGGAAGAAAAAGAAGAAAACUAAACCCGAAUCAUCAGGUGUUCUAGUGGUGGAUGAAGACCCAGUGUGGCAGAAACCUGUUAAUCUCGAAGAAGAUGAGGGCAAUGAUUCGCCUGAUGAGAAGCCACUAGUGGAUGAAGAUAUAGAAGUAAAAAGAAUGAAAAGGCUAGAGCAGAUUAGGUUGAGGAGGGGCUACAAUGCCAUUGCCGAAGAUGGUAGUGGUUGGGUCUCGCUUUCUCCUAAACACGCUAAUAUGGUGGAUCCUAAUUCUGAUAUUUCCCCUCCUCGUAGGCAGCGGACACGAAAUGACACACCUUCUCCAGAACCUGGGUUGAGGCAUUCAAACUCUGAAAUAGAAGCUAAGGAUUUGUCACCUCCGCGAAAACCACGUUCCCCUGGUUUGAAAUCUGAUUUGUCACCGCCAAGGAGAAGUAGGGCUCAUAAUGAGACAACAUUAACAAGAGAAGAUUCUGAUUUGUCACCUCCUUGCAGGAAGCCAGCUCGGGCUGAUUCACCAGAACCUCGACUUAAGGCUUCUAGAGGUGGUUCUGAUUUAUCUCCUCCUCGGAAGCGGAGGGUUAGGAAUGACACACCCUCACCAGAAGCUUUAGUAAACAGAGCAGAUGGUACUGAUUUAUCUCCUCCUAGGAAACGUAGGGUUCGGAAUGACACACCUUCACCAGAACCUUUAGUAAACCGAACAGAUGGUACUGAUUUAUCUCCUCCAAGGAAACGGAGGGUUCGGAAUGACACACCUUCACCAGAACCUUUAGCAAACAGAGCAGGUGCUGGUCUAUCACCACCUCGGAAACGAAGGGCGAGAAAUGAUACACCUUCACCAAAACGGAGGGUGAAGCCUUUGAGAGAAGGUGCUGAUAGUGAUAUGUCACCUCCACGGCAAAGGUCAAGACGCCAACGUGCACAAUCACCUGAGCCUGAUAUGCCCCCACCUAGACAAUCUCAUGCCCAAACAUCUGAGCUUGUUCAUGAUUCGGAUCUCUCCCCUCCAAGGAAAAGUAGGAGGGAAUCAACUGGUCCUGCUUCUUUGAAACAGCAACCCAAAACUGGUUUAAUUUCUGGCAGUGAUAUUCGAGAAGAAAUUUCAAAAACGAAGAAGGAUGAUUGGUUAAGGUUUAAGGAGAUGGAUCCAUCUGUAAGCGGACGAGGUGCUGAGCCUGUAUUUCGUGAUAAGACAAAAGGGGAGCGCAUAUCAAAAGAAGAGUACCUUAAGUCAAAACGAAAAGGAGGAGAAGAAAAGCCCAAGGAGAAAGAGUUGGAAUGGGGCAAAGGCUUAGCCCAAAAACGUGAAGCUGAGACUAGGUUGCAAGAUUUAGAACUCGAGAAGAGUAAACCAUUUGCUCGAACAAGGGAUGACCCAGAGCUCGACAAUAUGUUGAAGGAUCGACUAAGAUGGGGUGAUCCUAUGGCUCAUUUGGUCAAGAAAAAACAACCUGAGCUGGUUCUUAAAGACCUAGGGGAUGCUGAGAAAAUGAAAGAGUCAGGGUUCAUAGUUCCUCAAGAUAUUCCCCCGCAUAGUUGGAUAGUAAGAAAACUAGAUGCUGCACCAAAUCGUUAUGGUAUAAGACCAGGAAGACAUUGGGACGGAGUCGAUCGUAGUAAUGGUUUUGAGAAGAAAAUGUUCACCAAAUUAAACGAGAAACGAGCAACGGAAAGGGAGGCGUAUCUCUGGUCUGUAUCCGACAUGUGAUUCAACUCAUCCACUGCAGAAAAUUGAGAAAUUAUUUGCUUCAUGGUUUUGUGCCAAAUUUAAAUUAUAACAAAUCAAUGGUUUUGAUCCAUGAUAAUUGACUCAGUGAGUCUUGACUGGUGUAUUAUCAUUUCAAAUCAAUUUUCAUCAACUUUUGGGCGUCAA